AUGAACAGUUCUCCUAGAUCAUCGUCAAAGACCGACACAACUUGGAUCCAUGAAAUCUUCCAAGGAACUCUUACAAACGAAACUCGAUGCCUAUGCUGUGAGACUGUCUCCAGUAAAGAUGAGGACUUUCUGGAUUUGUCAGUGGAUAUAGACCAAAAUGCUUCGAUCACUCAUUGUUUGCGAGUUUUCAGUGAGACGGAAACCCUGUGCGGUGAUCAGAAAUACUUCUGCGAAACAUGUUCGUCGAAACAAGAAGCCCAAAAACGAAUGCGUAUAAAACGGUUACCACAUAUGCUGGCCUUGCAUUUGAAACGUUUCAAAUACAUGGAUCAGCUCAGCCGAUAUACGAAACUGUCCUAUCGAGUGCUGUUCCCGCUGGAGUUGCGAUUAUUCAAUGUGAGCGAUGAUGCUUCGAAUGGUGAUCGUCUUUACGAUCUGGUCGCCGCUGUUGUUCAUUGUGGUGCAACGCCGAACCGAGGUCACUACAUCACGAUUGUGAAAAGCAAUUCGUUUUGGUUGCUUUUCGAUGACGAUAUAGUUGAUGUGACAUACUUCCCACCAUUUCAGAAGAUGGACAUCUCAUCAAUGGAGGAUUUCUUUGGGCUUUCUGACGGCGGCUUGCAGAAGAACUCCGAAUCUGCUUACAUUUUAUUCUACCAAGCGCGGGAUUGUCCAGACUUGCUGAAAACAAGUGGUUCAGCAAUUUCGAAUCACGCCUCCAUAUGA